AGCUUAACUAUAUUAUUCACUCGUCAGUUACAAUCUCGCAAGCACAAUCAUUUAUUGGUCAUUUAAAAUUUAAAAACUACAAUUUACAUGAUGAUUCCUCAAAAAAUUAAAAAAUGCCUUGUAGUAUUAUUUAUAUUAUCUACAUUGAUUGGAACUAUAAAAGCUGGCGAUGAACCUUCAAAAAUAGAAGACAAAACAUUAGCACCACAACCAACAUUGAUUGAAACUAUAAAAUCUGGUGAAGAACCGUCAAAGGUACAAGACAUAACACUACCACCACAACAACGGAAUAUUAACGAAGUAAAUUUAGAAACACUUUAUCAAACUGGUGCCGGUUUUGAGGAAUGGAGUGAUUGGAUAUUUGACGGAAAAGACCCACAGUAUCUAACCCAACCACCCCCACCAGUUCCAUCUCAACCCGAUAAAUAUAAUGAAAAGCAUAACGACAAACCUCAUCAGGCGUAAAAUAUGACGCCAAUGACAACAAUCAAGAAAAAUUAGCUUUGUAAUCUAAACCCAAAAAUUAUUGUAUGUUACGUUAACCUACAAUCGAUAUUUUUUUGAAAGCAAACAUUAUUUUAUUCAAUUUUAACUUAAAAAAUAUAUAACACAGUUAAAAUUUAAGAAUAUUAUGACUUAGGUUUAAACUAUUUAAAAAAAAUAAAUGCUUAUUAUUGCGAAA